AUGGUUAUCUUCAGAAAAAAAAGGUGUGAGGAGCUAGUGAAGACUUCACCCCAGUAUGCCAGACUAACCCAAGACGGGUAUUCUCAUCACUUAUCUCCUUCUCUUUCAGAAGAAAGAAUUUUGCAAGCCAACAAUAGAAAAUUCAACUCUCUUUUUGAAUAUCCGGACAAUUCCAUCAAGACCUCAAAGUAUACUUUACUUAACUUCCUGCCCAUGAACCUGUUUGAGCAGUUCCAGAGACUGGCAAAUGCCUAUUUCCUCAUUUUGCUAGUCCUACAGUUGAUCCCGCAGAUCUCCUCCCUGGUGUGGUACACAACCGUGAUCCCGCUGAUCGUCGUGCUGUCCGUGACAGGAGUGAAGAAUGUCAUGGACGAUGUGAAAAGACACCAAAGUGACAAGCAAGUCAACAACCGCUCUGUUUUGAUCCUCGUGAAUGGCAGGGCCGAGGAGGUCAAAUGGAUGAACGUGCAAGUGGGAGACAUCUUAAAGCUGGAGAACAACCACCCGGUGACAGCGGAUAUGCUGUUACUCUCCAGCAGUGAGCCCUAUGGUCUGACGUACAUUGAAACAGCAGACUUGGAUGGUGAAACCAACCUGAAAGUGAAGCAGGCCAUCUCCAUUACCAGCGACAUGGAGGAUAACCUGGAGCUGCUGUCUGCCUUUAACGGAGAAAUUAGAUGUGAGCCUCCCAAUAACAAGCUGGACAAGUUUUCCGGAACACUGAGCUACCUGGGGGACACCUACUUUCUGGACCACGAAAGGCUUCUGCUCCGCGGCUGCAUCAUCAGAAACACAGACUGGUGUUACGGUUUGGUCGUCUACACUGGGUCAGACACCAAAUUAAUGCAGAACAGUGGACACUCCACCUUCAAACGAACACACAUAGACCAUCUCAUGAACGUCCUCGUGGUCUGGAUUUUCCUGCUUUUAGGCGCAAUGUGCUUUCUGCUGUCGAUUGGACAUGGCAUUUGGGAGGCCAAGAAAGGCUACUUCUUCCAGGCGUUUCUCCCAUGGCAACACUUUAUUGCUUCCUCAGCUACAAGCUCUGUCCUCAUCUUCUGGUCCUACUUCAUCGUCCUCAACACUGUGGUGCCCAUCUCCCUCUACGUCAGUGUUGAAAUAAUAAGACUGGGCAACAGUUGCUAUAUCAACUGGGAUCGGCAGAUGUUUUAUGCCCCAAGGAACACCCCAGCUCAGGCGCGUACCACCACUCUGAAUGAGGAGCUUGGCCAAGUCAAAUACGUGUUCUCCGACAAAACAGGAACCCUGACUGAGAAUGUGAUGGUUUUCAGCAAGUGCUCUAUCAAUGGGAAGACCUACGGUUAUGCCUAUGACGCCAAUGGACAAUGUGUGCCAGUGACUCCGGACGACAAGGUCGACUUCUCCUACAACCAGCUGGCUGACCCCAAGUUCUCGUUCUACGACAAAACUUUGGUGGAAGCCGUGAAGAGUGACGAUCACCUGGUGUAUCUGUUCUUCCUCUGCCUCUCCCUGUGCCACACGGUGAUGACGGAAGAGAAGGUGGAAGGCCAGCUGGUGUACCAGGCCCAGUCACCAGACGAAGGCGCCCUGGUCACGGCCACUCGGAACUUCGGCUUUGUGUUCCGCUCCCGCACAUGCGAGACCAUCACCGUGAUCGAAAUGGGGAAACCCCGAGUCUACCAGCUCCUGGCUAUUUUGGACUUCAGCAACGAGCGCAAGAGGAUGUCUGUCAUAGUUCGGACGCCUGAAGAUCGGCUCAUGCUGUUCUGCAAGGGGGCAGACACCAUCAUCUACGAGCUGCUCCAUCCGUCCUGUGCGUCCCUCAGUGAAGUGACCAUGGACCACUUAGACGACUUUGCCAGUGAAGGCCUCCGCACCCUCAUGGUAGCUUACCGGGAGCUGGACAAAUCGUUUUUCCAGACAUGGAUUAAGAAGCACAGUAAAGCCUGCCUGACUUUAGAAGAUCGGGAAAGAAACUUAGCUCACGUCUAUGAUGAAAUUGAGAGAGACUUGAUGUUACUAGGAGCCACAGCCAUAGAAGACAAGCUUCAAAGCGGAGUGCCUGAGACAAUUGUCACCCUGAGCGAAGCCAAAAUUAAAAUGUGGGUUCUGACUGGCGAUAAGCAAGAGACGGCUGUGAACGUCGCCUACGCCUGUAGGAUAUUCAAGGAUGAAAUGGAUGGAGUGUUCACUGUGGAAGGCACAGACAGGGAAACUGUCCUGCAAGAACUCAGGACAGCAAGGGAGAAGAUGAAGCCCGAGUCUCUACUGGAAUCAGAUCCCAUAAACAUUUACCUCGCCAGGAAACCCCAAAUGCCCUUCAGAAUCCUUGAUGAGGUGCCCAACGGCAGCUAUGGCUUGGUCAUCAAUGGCUACAGUCUGGCCUAUGCCCUAGAAGGGAACAUGGAGUUGGAGCUGCUACGAACAGCGUGCAUGUGCAAGGGGGUGAUCUGCUGCCGGAUGACACCCCUUCAGAAGGCCCAAGUGGUCGACCUGGUGAAGAGGUACAAGAAGGUGGUGACACUGGCCAUCGGGGAUGGGGCCAAUGACAUCAGCAUGAUCAAAGCUGCCCACAUUGGGGUCGGCAUCAGCGGCCACGAAGGCGUGCAGGCCAUGCUCAACAGCGACUUUUCCUUCGGCCAGUUCCGCUAUCUCCAGCGCCUUCUCUUGGUGCAUGGCCGCUGGUCUUACAACCGCAUGUGCAAAUUUCUCAGCUACUUCUUUUACAAAAACUUCGCCUUCACCCUGGUGCACUUCUGGUACGCCUUCUUCAAUGGCUUCUCUGCACAGACAGUGUACGACACCUGGUUCAUCACCUGCUACAACCUGGUCUACACAUCCCUCCCUGUCCUGGGCUUGAGUCUGUUUGAAAAGGAUGUGAAUGAAACAUGGAGUCUCUGUUACCCAGAGCUGUAUGAGCCCGGACAGCACAACCUAUAUUUCAACAAGAAGGAGUUCUUAAAGUGCUUGGCGCACGGCAUCUACAGCUCCUUCGUGCUGUUCUUCGUCCCCAUGGGGACCAUCUUCAACUCGGAGCGCUGUGACGGCAAGGACCUCUCCGACUUCCAGUCCUUCUCCCUGCUGGUGCAGACCACCUUGAUCUGGGUGAUGACGAUGCAGAUUGCCCUGAGGACUACCUCCUGGACAGUGAUAAACCACACCUUCACCUGGGGCAGCCUGGGGCUCUACUUCUGCGUCUUGCUCUUGCUCAGUAGUGAAGGCCUGUGUCUAAUGUUCCCCAACGUCUUCCAGUUCCUGGGUGUGGCCAGGAACAGCCUCAGCCAGCCCCAGAUGUGGCUGUGCCUCGUCCUCAGCACCGUGCUCUGUAUGAUCCCUGGGAUCGGGUACAACUUUCUCAAACCAGUGCUCUGGCCCGUCAAUGUGGACAAGGUUCUGAACAGGAUUCACUUUUGCCUGAAACACCCGCCGCCGCCCCCGGUCCACACCAAAGUAAAACACCCAAGCCUUCGCCGCUCUGCCUACGCUUUCUCCCACAAGCAGGGCUUUGGGGCUCUUAUCACAUCGGGCAAGACACUGAAUUCUUCCAGUGCCUUCAAACUAACAAGAGGACUCUUUAAAAAGUAGAGGCCUUAGAGAGACCCUCAGUCAGUCA